AUGCAUGACCGUUAUUCUGAUAUUUUGGAAAGAGCAAGGGAUAGAGCUUUUAAGGAGGCAAACUCAACUAGUAUUGCUGACAUUAAGGGUCAUGGACCUAAAGCAAUGAAAGUUGAUGUUUGGAAUGGCUUAGUUGAUCACUGGUUAGAUUCAAAGUGGAAAAAUAGGUCUGUGGCUGGUCAAAAAAAUAGGGCUGCUAUGCCUGCUCAUAAACUACACACUGCAGGGUCUAUCAGUUUCGGCGAACACAAGAGAAGAAAGGAAGCUAAGUUGAAGCGUCGGGUAUCUUUCCUUGAAGUAUAUGAUGAUGUUCAUAAGAAGAAAAGUGGAGAAUAUGUUUCUGAAGUAUCCAAGGAAAUUAUUGAUUUAUAUGGAGAGGCAAUAUCACAAAAAUAUGGAGAAGAUUUAUUAGAUCAACCUGAAGUUGAUCCUGACGUGUGGACAGAAGUUGCAGGAACUAAUAAGAAAGGACGAGUUCAUGGGUUAGGCCGCAGUCUAGAUAUUGGUAUUCGUGAUCAUAGAGAUGUGCCAUUACCAGAAGAUACAAGUGUUUCUACAGUCAAACCGGUUUCACAAGCGGACAUCACUCAAGCUAUUAAGGAAGCAUUGCCUAGUGCUAUAAAUGAAGUGUUGCCUAGUGUUGUAAAUGAAGCUAUACAGAGUAAUCUACUGUCUCUCCUUUCUAAGAUUCCAGGAUUCCCCCAAGAAAAGGACCAUUAGAGUGACUUUGCUGGCUCAGAUAUUGAUUAAGUGGCUUAUGUUAAUGCAUUUUGUUAGGCUUAGCUUAGUUAGGUAGUUAAUUUGUUUGAUAGAUAAGUAAUUGGGCAAUUUGUUUCAUUUUCAGGUUUUAUAGAAGUUAGCUUACUUUUAUUGGUAGUUUACUUAGUUAAAAAUUAUAUAGAUUGAUUUUUAUAGUUAUUGAUAUUGUUAGAUUUAGCUUGUUUUGGUAUUUUAUUUGAGAAGUGUCUAUGCUGGAGAUGUUACAA